GCAAGUUGGCAACAUUGGCUACCGCCGAUCGCCAAGAGGAGCUAUGUUUUAUUUAUUUUGUCAUAUAAAUUUAGUUGUGAUAAUAUGUACUUGUAUCCAAUAAAAUGGUUGUUUUAUUAUUAGAGUUGUCUCAACAGAUAUUAAAUAUUUUUAAACAAUGAAUGACACUGCUGCUGAAUGCUCCGAAACACUAGAUCCUCGGGUGCAGAUUGAACUAGAACGCUUAAACACAGCUACAGAUGAAAUAAACCGCUUGGAGGUGGAACUUGACGAGGCUCGACUCGUGUUCCGCCGCCUGCUAGCUGAGGGUCAUCUCCGCAUUCAGCAGCUCACAAAGAAACUUGGAACCAGCGUGCACAAAGCCAGACCUUACUAUGAAGCGAGAUUCAGAGCGAACAUUACAUCACAAGAACUCCAGACAGCAAACAUUGCCUACGAUAAAGCCAACAGUGCCCAUGCUGCUGCACGAGAAAUGGUCUACCUGGCCGAACAGGGCCUCGCCAGGCUCGCUGAUGGCUCCGGUGGACUCACCCUGGAUCCUGCGUGGCAGGAAAUGCUCAACCACGCGACGCAUAGAGUCAAUCAGGCAGAAGCUGACAGGUCGUCCGCAGCGGUGACGCAGCGCUGUAGGGCGGCCGCACACCGCGCGGCCGCGACGCUCGUUCAACAGCUGCAGAACAACCUCAAGCGGCACAUAGCUAAGUCCAGACCGUACUUUGAGGAGAAGGCCCGGAUAAACUCAGCGCUUGAGUCACAGAAGGCGAAGAUCCUGACACUAGAGGAACAGGUGACCGAAGCGAAGCAGAAGUAUUCGUCAGCGUUAAGGAAUUUGGAGAGGAUAUCUGAUGAGAUACACAGACAUCGGUCGAGGCGUCAAUCUACUAGAAAUGAUAUAGACCAAUCCACAAUUACCGAUACGGCUAGCGAAUCAAACGCCAGUGAAACUCUAGAAGAGAUAUGUUCAAGCAACGACGAGAAUGUUCGAGAGUGGCUGAGGAAGGUGGACCGACCUGACCCCGACACGUGGACAGAUAUUGAUCUGGACUACUCUAGCCCUGAAGAGGUAAGCUUCGAGAAAUGCUCUCUCCGGCCGCGGUCGAGUCCAGAUAAGUCCCCGCCCAGUCCGAUGGAGUCCAAGGUGUCAGCGGCGUCACCACGGCGCAUCAUCAGGAUUGGCGACCGCAGCGCCUGUCUGCGAGCCGAGCUGGAGCGGGGCAGGAGGCAGAGCCUGGACGCAAUCCUCCACGACACCGGGGAGAAAGUCAAGGAGAUGUUUCAAGGACUGUCGCUGUUCGGCGAGCGACGCGGCUCUGGUAGCGCGCCCCGCACCCCGCGCCGCUCCCCUCCCCGCGCGCGGCGCUCCCCCGCACACUCGCACGCGUCCUCCGCCUCCGACGAGAUACACUCCGACACCGACAGCAUGCCCAGUGUUGAAAUGCUGAGCGACGACCAGAUAGCGUCGCUCAUGCUGGACGCUCAGCUGGAAGCCGUCUGCGAGAAGCUGGCUGGCGUGGCGAGGGUCACCAGGUCGCCACAUUCUCCAGAAUCCAGGUUAUAAGACUUUCGUGUAAGAAAUGCUAAAUAAGAUAAUCCCGCCGGCGAAAAAAUUUAUGUACAACUAUUUAUUGUAUAUUUUCUCAAUAAGUUUCUAGUUGUACCCCUUAAAGGGGUACCAGGGUUGUUUAUAUGGCCGACUUUUGUUGUUGGGUGUACCCCUUAAAAGAUUUUCUGCGUUUAAAUGGCUAGAAUAGUGUUUUUUUUAUAUGCCAGCCAUACUCUAAAAUUAGUGUAUGUUUAAGAAUGUUGUUUCUAUGAGUACCCAUAAGACUACGUGCCUACAUGACAAUUUGUUUAGCCAUUAUUACAAUUAAUAUAUAUAAGAAUAUAUAUUAAGUUUUCUCGCAAUGUCGUCAAAUUAAUCUACGGGCAUUUAGAGUAAGCAUUUCAUGAAACACAAUAUGUUUAUACGACGUUGCUGGACGUCCGUUGAGUCGUACAAGUAAUAAAAACCCUUAAUCCUUACAAAGGGCAUGGUGACAAUAUUAAAGAAAAUAUGGUUUUAAUAAUAUAAUAUGAUGAAAGGAUUCGGCAGCUAUUUUUGCUUAGCAUACAACGGUAACAUUAUUUUGUGAAAUUGUUUUUUUUUAUUAUUUUGAAAGAAAUCAUAAGAUCAUAGUAAAACGUCAACUAUAGUAAAAAUAAUACAAAUAAUUCAAUUGCAAUAUUUUUAUUUUAACACAUUUAGCAAAAUAGUCACAAUUUCUCUUACAACUCUGAAAGAGCGGCGAUAUCACAGCACGAAUCUAUCAUAAAUCACGUUUCUUGUUUACCAAGCUUGUUUAUCUAGCAACCAGUAACAUAAACCGCAUAAUAAUGAUACCUCGACUAUUGUAAACACAAGUGGCUAUAUAGCUUUAAAGUAGCCGCGCCGGGUUUGGCGCCAAAACAGCUCAGCAGGUGGCUUCUACUAUUGUAUUGGCAUUUCAUAGGUUAAUAAAAAUACAGUAUUUUAUUGUACAAACAAGGUUUAUUUCUAAAAUAGUACUAGUAAAAUAUAUAUUGACAUUAUAAAAGAGAAAUGCAAAAAUCUGUUGUCAUGCCUAUCACAGUAUUACCGUCGAUUGUAAAAUACAAAACUUAAUUCUAGUGUUUUAAGAGCAGUAUUAUAAUUUAUAUUUUUAGUUAACAAUCACAUUUUGACAUUGUGUAUUUAUAGUCCGGUCAAUUUUAGACAUUCGAAGUUACAUAAAGUCCCAACAAGCUGAAAAUCAGUGAAAUUGUUCAAAACAAUAGUUAAGUAUAAGUUAUAAAAGUUGUUAUCGUCAUAAUGUGCACACGUUUCCACGCCACCUAUACGAGGUAGUGUAGUUAGCGCGUUUUUUAUAACUUUUUGAAUCGUUAUAUCUCAGAAACGGCGGCUGGUAAGAAAAAAAGUAUUGAUACAUUUUUUAUAGAUAAUUUUAUGAUCUACAAUUUUUAUAAGAAGUACUUUUAUGAUAAAGCUUACCGUUUUGCUGAAAAUCGCGAAAAAACUAAUUUUUUUGACCUUUGACCUUGAAUAAAAAAAAUGCAUACACGGGAAUAAUGGGGAACUUUUAAACAUUGUUUAUAAUUAUGUUUUGAACAAUUUCACUGAUUUUCAGCUUGUUGGGACUUUAUGUAACUUCACUCUCAUUUUUUGGUCUAAAUUGACCGGACUAUUAUAUAAGAUCUAUGUUCCUAACGUGGUAUCGGAACCCUUUAUAAGGCGUCUAUGGUUCACAUGUGGUGGCAGUAGUAGUAGCUAUGACUUACAAUAUACUAGCGAAGAGAGAGAAGAACCGCACAGAACCGAAUCUCUAGUUACUGUAACCGAUUUUGAUCGACAAGUCAUAAACAGUUUGCACUUUAUUAGCUUUAUAGCUCAUCUAUAUAUUUAUAUAAAUGCAGUGUCCUGAUGUUUGUUUCCAGUGAACUCCAUAAACUAAUGAACGGUUUUUAAUGGGGGUGCAGUUAAGUCCAAUUUGAGAGAUAGUACAGCUUUUAUUUCCUUUGGGACCCAUAAUUAUUUUUAUUUCCAAUAUUUGAUUUGUAUGGACAUAUUUUCUGAGAGAAUUUGUUGACACAUAGUUUGACAGUUCCGCUGUGAAACAAUUUCAUUAUAACAACAGGGAGCAUAUUUUACGAAAUAAUUCUUGAUGUUAUGAAAUAUUAUCGACAAAUUC